GGAGUUAGUGCCGGGUGUGGAUGGCCGGUGCCGGCGCAUUGGCGGUGACAGCUGACGAUUGUGCGGUUAUUGCUUUUCAGGGUGACGUCUCGGAUUAGCUGCGCGGGUUGGUCGGGGCCGGUGCCCGUGGGUCCCGCAACCGCUGUCAGACCUCAGCUAGAGUUUACAGUUUGUGGUUUCUUGAGACAUAAACAAAACAAAGAACAUGGAAACACCUGAAGUUGACUUUCUGAAAGAUCAAGUUCGGCGGUUAAAUGCUGUGCUCAGUCAAUAUCAAGCAGAGCAGCUGCCCAGAUCUUCUGUUGGUCAGGUUGGACAGUUAGGUGAACAUGAUCCUCCAGCCCCCUGGCUAAUAGACAAGUGCCUCAUGGCACCUCUUAUAGCAGAAUAUGACAAGCAGCUGCAAAAAAUGAGCGAACAGUUGGAUUGUCAGCGUAUUCAUAUGAAUAAAAUGAAGUUAAAGCUUGAAGAUGUUGUAAGAGAAAAUGAAAGUUUGCAUGCAGAGUUACAGGAAACCAUUGAAAAACAGUUGGAGUCCCUACCUUCUGGUGCAGAUAUUGUUGAUGUUGACUUUAUGGAAGAAAAAGUAGUGAGAAACCUUCAAGAACAGUUAUGUCUAACCAAUAAGGAAAAAGACCUAGCCUUGGAGUUAUGGCAGUCAGUUUCACAUGCUUUCGAUCAAAUGCAACAAGCGUAUCAAGAUCACGUGUCAGAGACUCAAAAUCAUGCCUUUGACCAACAAAAACGGAAUGAACAGUUGGCCCACUUCCAACAACUUACUCAGCAGCUUCAAGUGGCCAAUCAAAAGUUAAAACUGAAUAAUCAGCAGAUUAUGAACACAGUUACCGAGCAGAAUUCGGAAUUGGAGCAGCAUCACAAAGAGUUGAGGAAAACAAAACUGGACUUGCGAACAGCAACUUUGAAAAUGGAGGAAAUGAACAAAAUGAUGCAAAGGAUGCAAGAAGACAUGCAGAGAAAUGUGGAGGAUGCUGCAGCCGCCGUAGGGAGAGAGGAAGCCUCAGACAAACGAUUGCAACAGUUACAAUCCGCUAUAGCUCAGUUCGAAGCCAGACUGCGUGUAGCUGCACAAGAUGCAGAACAGUUGCGAAAAGAGAGAAUUUCUUUUGAGGCACAAAUUGGUGAACUUCAGGAAAAAUGUGCAAAGUUGGAGGAAGAGAAAUAUGAGGCAGUGGCCAAGGUUCGGGACAGCAUGCAACUCCUUGAAGAAGCAAACUUACAAAAAGACCAGGUUUUACUACGUGAAAAACAAAAGGAUGAAGAAGUGGUAAAAAUGAAGGAAGCCAUGGUUCAGCUUGUUCAAGAAGCUGCUGUUCGAACAAGAAAGGAGGUUGAAAAUGUUAGGAAACAGAGCAAUAUACAGAUUGCUCGUUUAGCCGAGGAACUGUCUGAUUUGCAGAUGAACUGUAGCAAUAAACAAGGACAGAUUGAAAGGGCCAUAAGGGAGAAGCGAGCUGUGGAAGAGGAACUUGAAAAGCUUUAUCGCAAUGGCACAGGCACUGAAGAAGAUCAUAGAAAAGUUGAUGAACUGCACCAACGAUGUCUGAAUGCAGAACGCUCAAAAGAUGAUCUCCAAAUAAGUUUACAAACAGCACAAAACAAAAUCAAGAAAUUUGAGAUGAAUUAUGAGGAGGAAAUGUCCCGUUGCCAAGAAAUGGUUCAAAAACUGCAGAGUACUCUGGACUCUGUUCGUGGAGACUGUGACAUGGUCAGUGAGGAGCGACUGAGAUUACAGAAAGAAAAUGAACAACUUCGUAAAGAGAUGGAAGAACUGAAGAAAGCUAGUCUGGACGUACAAAGGAAAGCAAGGCAGCAGGUAGCAACUCUUGAACACGAGUUCUCCCUGAAGGAACAUGGAUUUGAAAUCCAGCUAAGAGAACUAGAAGAUACCAGCCGGAAUUCAACCACCGAGCUGAAACGUUUACUAUCAGCACAACAGAAAGCAACCAGUCGAUGGAGGGACGAAACCAGGAAAUUAACUGAAGCUUUUGAGGCUAAGGAAAACAAACGGAGGACUGAACUAAGCCGACAGAAACAGCACUCCCAGGAGUUGGUUUCUCAGCUGGAGAUUGCGCAUGAGAAAAUGAGAGAGGAAACGUCAUUUCAACGGCAGUAUGAAAAACAGAUGAUGGAAAAUCAGGAAAAAAUUAACAGACUUCAAAGGCGCCUGACUCACUCAGAACAUAGAGCAGCUACAGCCUCUCAAAAGCUCAGUAGAGUCACAACACAGAGAAAAGCUGAUGCAACGUUGGAUCUGGAAAGCAUUUUAAACCAUUGAGUACUUGAUACUAUUAUUCUAUUCAUGCCCCAGCCUCCUAAUGCAAAUGGACAUCUAGUCUGUGCAACGGUCUCAGUUCAUGAAAUGUACUAAUAAAUCCAUUGCUGUUACAAGAUAAUGUUUACUUACGUAAGAUACCUUUCAAACAAAGCUUACUUGGAUUAAUAGCUGGUGAAUGAAUUUCAACAUGAUUGGUCCUUUUUAAAAAAAAAUGAAAAUUGUAAAUGAGCAAGUUAUUUUUAAAUGAUUUACUUUGUAAAAUUUUUGAAUCAGAUGGAUUUCUGGCCAGUGUUGUGGUUUCGGUUAUAUGGUUGUUUGUCACCUUUCAUAUCAGAUCAUUGUUGAUACCUGAAAAAAACUUGAAACUACUGUGACUUGAAAAACGUUCAGGAUGUCACCAAAUUGAAAUCUUGUUGUUUAACCAGAUUAAACAGUAGCCCCCAUUUCAAUAAUCAUGUAAUUUUUAGAAACUACCUCUCUUUGAAAUUUUACUUCUUGCUGCCACAAGUCUCCAUUACAAGUUUUGACACCGGCUCCCAGGAUCAGGCAGUCAUUAAUACAUUUUGAUAUUCAAAUAUAUGAUUUUUGGAGAGGAGGCAUUUGUAAUUAUGUUUUGAUUCUAUGUUCCUAUUGCUAUUUUGUAUAAUUUACCAAUGUAUUUUUUGUUUUAACAGAUCUGUUUUGUACUAUGUUUUUGCUGGAGUUUAUUCAUUGUUGGCAAUAAGUUGUAAAUAGAAUUUUUGUAUAUUAAAAUAUGUUGCAACUCUC